UUUGAGAGAUGAGUUUUCACUUUGAGUUGGUUUAGUAUCAACACUGGGAAGUGUAGAGAUGUCAGAAUUGUGUGGAUUGAAUUAAAAUAAUUGUUUGGCCUUGUAUAUCAGAAGGAUUGUGGACUGUAAUCUUUUUUUUUUUUUUUUAAGUUCAAGUACGGAGGCAGCUUUCCAUUUUUAUCUUUAACUGAAAUUUUGACAGUCUCUACAAAAUAUGCUAUACUGUUAAUUUAUGUGAAAAUGGGGAGAUGUGUGUCUGUGUGUAUGGAAAGUAUCCCUGGCUGACAUAGUACUUCAAUUACAUGAAUGUUGUUAGAGCUGUGAAAUUUGCUAUUCCUUGAAUAUAUUGGAGGAGAGUCUGGCAAGGGGGAAGCAUUUCUGUUGGCUUUGGCUAAUGUGCUUUUCCUCAGGGUCGAGUCAUGGAUCUGGAAGGCAAAGUCCGGAAGGCGGCAGCAGAGAGGGGUGCUGUGGAGCUCAAAAAGAAUGAAUUCCAAGGGGAGCUAGAGAAGCAGCGACAGCAGAUUUACAAAAUCCAGUCCUUGCACAGCUUUCAGAUGGAAAAUGCUGACAGAGUCCGUCAGGAAGAGAAGGCAGUACUGCUGAGAAACAUCACAGUAAAUGAUCGACUGAUUCAGAAUCUACGAGAACACUUGAAAGAGUUACAGACAGAAUAUGGAAAGCUGCAGUUGGAUGUUUAUUGGUUUCAGAAGAACCAGACUAACCUUCAGAGGAAGUUCUCAUAUGACCUGUCACAGUGCAUCAACCAGAUGAAAGAAUUAAAAGAACAAUGUGAAGAAAGGAUAGAUGAACUUACAAAAAAGGAUAGUGAUGUACCACAAAUCAAAGAAAACAAAGAAUUAUCAGAAGAUUCAAAAAAAUAUAGCCAGGUCAAUAUUCAACUGCCAGCCUUGAAGCAAACUGAGUUCAAGCACAUUGACUUGGAACAGCAGAAACCCACUGAAGAUGUACCUAAAGCAGUACCUACACUAAGACAGACAGACUUGAUGAAGGCUAAAGAAAGAAUAGAUGGCCCAGCUGACAUCAGAAAACAGGAGCCUAAGGCAGAAGAGGAGCAGCUUUUUAGUCAGUUGAAAAACCCACAAGAUCCCCUCAAGGCUGCUGCAGGUCACAAGGAGAUGCUACCUGAAUCAGAGAAGGAGCCAAAUCCAUCUGGAAAUGAAAAACAUGUAGCUGGGCAAGAUGUGUUACAGCCAGCACCAGAGCAGGCUGCCAGUGAGGAAGUUGAGAGGGAACAGCUCCUAAACUACGAUGCUAAGCAGGACGACUUGUCCCUGGGAAAGGCUGAAAAACAGGAACAUGAAGCAAUGAACCAGGACAAGGAUGUUGAUUACAAUUUAGAUGAGAAUGAAGCUGAAUCAGAAACAGACAAGCAAGCAGCACUUGCAGGGAUUGAAAAUGUUCAAAACCCUGAAGAUAUGAAGAACCACUUAUCUGACCACGGUGAAGGAGAACAGUUGUGAACAAAGGAGGUUCAUGAUGCAACUUAAGUCACCUCUUCAUCUAUAUGCAGCAAUGAUGAGAGCAAAGUGAUCUGAGAAUGUUUUGAUUACCUUCUCGAGGCUUGAAUAACGGCCCAAAUGAAGUAGUAUCUUCCUGUGAAGUUUUGGUACUGUUUCAGUGGGGAAAAAAGCAAUCUGAAAUCUCUGGAGGCUUGUUAAAGCAGUUGACGUCUGCACUGACUCUCCUUCCUACUGAUUAUAAAACUGAAAUCAGCAAGCAAUAAAUGUAGUAACUUUGAA